CUCUCGCUUCCCUCCAGUCUUCCUCUCCCUCCUCUCACAGUCUCUUCCUCUCUCCCUGCUCUUAAAAAAUGCGAGCGUGGGCGGGGCAGCAGGCGGUGGGCGGGGCGGUGGUGGUGGUGCUAGUCGUGGGCGGUCUCUGGUGGGCGGUCUCGCAACCUACGCCGCCCCCAGAAUGUGGGGCGUCCCUAGCCACCCUGAAAGACACGCUGGUGAGAGCCAUCAGGGAGGAGGCGCAGCGCAGGGACACCACUCACUCUCAUCUGCCUCUCAUCUAUGUCAUCACGCCCACCUACGCAAGGCCCGAGCAAAUACCGGAGCUAACCCGCUUAGGCCAGACCCUGAUGGGCGUCCCGAGGGUGCACUGGGUGGUGGCGGAGGACGCCCCACGUCUCCAACAUGCGGUGGUCACCUAUUUGAAACACACCGGCCUUCCCCACACCUAUCUCCUCACGCCCAUGCCUGAGGAGUACCGGAACCAGACCAUGCAGCCCAAGGGCGUGGCCAACAGGAACGGCGGCCUGGCGUGGGUGCGGGCGCGGGCAACUAAGGGUGUGGUAUUCUUCGCGGACGAUGACAACGCUUAUGACCUGAGGCUGUUUGAGGAGAUGAGGUACACCUCGCGCGUCUCCAUGUGGCCAGUGGGGCUGAUCAUCGGUAGCGGCGUGUCGACCCCAGUGUUGAGGAACGGCCGCUUUGUGGGCUGGUAUGACGCGUGGAUAGGAGGAAGGACGUUCCCAGUGGACAUGGCGGGGUUCGCUGUGAGUGUAGAAUUCCUACUGCAGCGUCCUGAUGCUUUAAUGCCCUUCAAACCAGGCCACGAGGAGGACGGGUUUCUAAGGAGCCUUGGUAUUUCACAGUCAGACAUUGAGUUCAAGGCCGCUGAGUGUACGCAGAUCUACGUUUGGCACACUCAGACGAAGAAGAACUAUCCCUACAGCAGACAGAUCCUUAGCCCCAAGUUUGAUGGGACCAACCUACGUGUGUUACAAAGGGACAUAAUGCUCCAGCCAGGGUAGCAAGUGACAAAUUCAAGAACAGUUUUAAAGUGCUGCAUUUUUAAUCUCUCUCUUAAAAGGAAUGUUAACAGAGGUUUUAUUUAUAUAUUUGUUUUUUGUUAUCUCUAGCCAGCUUCAUUUCUACCCUAAAACACUAGUGCUAAUGUUCUAACUAUAAUCUUUUAGUAAUUUCUUUUCUUUUUUUUUCCUGUCUCUCUUGGAGGAAUAGCAACAGACAUUUCCUUUAUAUAUAUAUUUAUUUGUGUUGCCUCUAGCCAGUCUUCUCUACACCUUGAUAAAUUUUCUAAUCU